UUGUAUCCACUACAACAUGUUGCGGGUCGUCUUGGCUCCCCCUGGGUUACUAGUGUUGGUGCUAGGGGUUACGUUAACGUUGGUCCCCUUCAUUAGCGCUGUCAUCGUGUGGGAGGAUACUUCCCAGUGUGACGCUUAUGGCACCUCCAUCAAGUGUGACUUUCUCCACAGCCCUGAGGUUGUGAACAUGGAUGAUGCUGUGAACAAGUUCGAGGAGGUGUUAGUGUUGAACGUAAAUGAGCUGCAGCUGCACCCUGGUGUGUGCAGCAGCCUGUACCUUCACCACAUCAGACGUAUCACAUACACCAGCAGCAGCCAGCUGGACGCCUCGUGUCCCGGCAAAGCUCUACACCUGAUGAACGUCACCAUCGACUACGUUCCUCCCUUCCUCCACACCUUCACCAUGCAGGACUCCCGCCUCACCCACACCUUCCUCUCCCAGCCUCACCUCAGUAAGCUUAAGCUGUCCACCUCCAUAGUGGAACACAUCGAGCUGGACUACCCCGUGGCCGGAGAUGGACACGUCCGCCUACACAAGGUGAACCUCACCUCUCUCAUCUCCCUCACGUUAACUGAACGCUCCAGGCUCUUCAUCACUGACUCCGUCAUCCACCAGAUCCAACCCUCCGCCAUCAAGCUGUCUGAGAACACCAGCGCAGAGAUCAUGAGGACAACUUUCCUCCAAAAAGACGAGGCCAAGAUUGAGCUCCAGACGGACGCUACCAUUACUAUGGCCAACAUCACGGGCUGGUUCACCAUCGUCUACCACAGGAACAACACUUACAGGCAGGACCAAAGUGACGCUAGCACCUCCCCUGCACCGCUGUGUGUCCCCACAAUAUAUCUCUCUCUCCUUCUGGUGCUCAGCUUAUUAGUUAAUGUGUGGGUAAUGAUUAAGGGAAAGUGUUCACCAUGUUCACAGGUGAAGGAACGUACAUGUUGGGAAGAACCCUCUUGCAAGGGCGAAGAAGGACAACAGCUGGGACCUUCAGACUGACCAUUACGGCAUUAGGGGCCUGUCCCACAAUUGGUUUACCUCAAAUCUGUCCAACAGUAAGCAGUAUGUCUGCGAUAAUAAUCACCAAUCUGAUUCCUCGCCAAUCUUGUAUGGCGUCGCCUAAGGUUCCAUUCUCGGUACAGUACUGUUUUUGUUGUACUUAAACGACAUAGUCCACGCCAGCAC